CUCGCCAUCGGUGGAGUUUAGCACCUGUCUGCCUGUCUGCCUGCCUGCCUGUCUUUUUAUGAUCGUCUCGACUAGAUAGACUUUCUGCCAAUUGACCCUGUCUCUUUGAAUCUUUUCUCGCUAUCUCGUUUACCCCUCAUCCGCCAUGGCCGCCCCCGCAGAUAUCACCAUCAAGAACCUCAGUGGAGAAUGGACGAUGGAUAAAAAUGUCUCCAACCCGACGGAGCCGCUCUUCGCCCUGCAAGGAAUGGGCUGGAUGCUUCGUAAAGCCCUGAACAUGGCCACCAUCACCCUGCAAGUGCACUCGCACGCCGACACCACCGACCCCAAGCUGCUGCACGUCGACAUCGACCAGGUCGUGACCGGCGGCAUCAAGGGCACCAGCGAGCACCGCACCACGGACUGGACCAAGCGCGAGCACGAGGACCACAUCUUCGGCCGGGUCGAGGGCCAGUCGCGGCUGCUGCGCGGCGUCAAGGGCGACGACGGCAAGGUGCGGCCGAACGUGGACAUCCAGACCAAGACGGAGGACGAGACGGUGAAGAAGUUCCUGCGCGGCGAGGUCCUGGCCGACGGCUCGGAGACCGAGGGCUUCCUGGUGGAUGCCGAGGGUGAGGAGUAUGGUGAGGGAGAGGGCCUUUGGUUGCAGAGCUUCGUGAGCAAUUUGGACAGUGGGUGGACGGCUGAGCAGAUCUGGGGAUUUGAGAACGUUAACGGAGAACGGUACUACACUCGUCGCGUGGUGGUGUCGAAGGAUGGCAAGUCUGAGCUGGCUCGGUUUGUAUACACGUUCAUCAAGCGGCGGGAGUAAGCGGAUUAGACCAGAGGGUAGAGUGUUCGGUCAUUAGACUAGAAUGCUAGAUGAAGCAAGAACGAAUGAAAGAAGAAAAAAUAAACACACAAAAGCACAAAGGAUCUUCCCAGAGGGUGCAAACAAUACAAAUGGAGCCUUCCACAAGAACAACGGAAGUCUGGGACAAAGCCGUUUUAUCAUAGAGUAUAAAAC